AUGCCCAUCCCCCCAAUACACCGCCGUCAAGACUCGACAACAACCUACAACCCUCGCCCCUCAACAAUACCCCAAAACGCGUUCAACCAAACCCAAGCCCAGACCUUCACCCAAACAACCUCCCAACCCCAAAUCCCCUCGUCAACCCCCUCAAUGUCCGCAGCCAAAACCCGCCAAUAUGCCCACCUGCACGCCCAACUCGCCCAGUUAAACGCCAAUCUCGCUGACACCGAGAACCUACUUCGCAUGACGGCCGUGCAGGCAGGUGAUAUGCGUUUCCUCGGUGGGUAUAUGGGUGCGUUGUUUAUGGGGUCUGCUAAGGUUCUUGGCGAGGAGGGGGUCCGCGCGAAUGCGGAUUUGGAUUCUAGGGAUGGUGCGGUUAAGAAGGAGGAGGGGAGUGAGGAGGAGUGA